AUGGAAGCCCAGUCCGGGGACCGGCAGUCUUCUGCACCCGCGCCGGAUGACCUUCCAAAUGGUAAACGACGAUGGCGUCGCAAUCGUGUAGCGUGCGAUUCAUGUCACACUCGGCGCGUUCGAUGCGACCGGGCUUUUCCCUGCUCCCGCUGUCUGCGCAGUGACACCCACUGUGAGUUUACGCGGGAGCGCAGAAAACGAGGGCGGAUCGCGCGUUCCAAACCAGAGACUGGGGCUGCCGCGUCUACCUCUACCUCAAACUACACGAGGGGAUCCAAUGGAGAUCAGAAAGUCCUCAUGCAGCCAGCGCUGUCGCCAAUGCUGCAAAGCUCGCCUGAAUCGUCCUUCCAUCCCAGAUCACCAAUGACGAAUGAACCGAGUCUCUCGGCACCCAGCGUUGAAGGUCCACAUCCCGCGGCGGAUGACCACCAUCCUUCUCGAGCAGCGCCGGAAGCGAACAACACAACGGAGGAAUGGCUAUCGGCGGCUCAUCUAUCCCCAGACUCGUAUGAGCUUCUGGGUGGAGUGAAUGGAGGAGAUGGGCCAUUGCCACGCUUGUUGGACGUUUGGAACCCACUUGAUUUGGCAGGCCAUCCGCCACAACCCUCGCAAGCCCGAUCUAUGCCGGCGCCGAACGUUCCUGGCCAAAGCUACGGCUCUAGUUCGCGAUCAGGCCUAAAAUACCCUGUGCUGGAACCCAUCAUGCCAUUUCUGGGGUCCAAUUUGCCCCGUCGACUGGUCGGCGAUCUGCUUGAACUUUAUUUUACAAGUGCCUUUUCAACACACAUGCAUCCCGUUUGUCACCAUAUCCAUUGUUAUGUUUUACGAAAGGCCUCCUUUUUGAGCACCGACCAUCCUCGGCCGAGCAGCCCAGCCUUGUUGGCCAGUAUGCUUUGGGUCGCUGCGGUCGAUGAUCGUGCAUUCUCUUUGUCAAUCUCUCCGCUCCAGCGACGGAAAAUUUGUCAAUUCUUGUGUGCUUUAACGAUUCGACUCUUACGACCGUUAAUCCAUGUUUCAUUCAAAGACCAAGAGUCCGCGGAGAAUCCCAAUGGCUCUCAAGACUUCGCAGCGGCGGGAGCGCAUCAUCCGUUCGAAGGUGUGGGCGAUGACAAGGGGCUCGUAGGCCCAGCAGGCUCCCUCGAUGAUGUAAUCACAUAUAUACAUGUCGCGUCUAUCAUAUCCUCCAGUGAACAGAAGGCUGCUAGCAUGCGAUGGUGGCAUGCGGCCUUCACACUAGCUCGAGAACUGAAGCUCAACCAGGAGAUUGAAGUUGUGCCGAAUGUAGAUGGCCAAAGCGAUGGAUCGAGUCCAUCCUUUGGAUACCCCUUAGGGAGCUGGGCGAGCUCCCCAGGAGGCCCUGCAUUUGACUAUUCCAAUCCAUCACGGCCAAGUUUGAACUGUAUCUGCGAUGAAACACGGAAUCCUCAGAACAGCUUCACAGUGACCGAGGAGUACCGCGAAGAACGCCGUCGCACUUGGUGGCUGCUCUACAUCAUGGAUCGUCAUCUGGCAUUAUGUUACAAUCGGCCGCUAGCUCUCCUAGACGCUGAAAGUGAAGACUUACUUCUACCCCUGGACGAGGGUUCCUGGCAGGCUGGGAAUAUUCACAGCAACAGUCCUCGCUCCGAUGGGCCUCAAUGUCCUCGAUCAGGCGAUCGAAACAAGCGCCGUGUCUUUCCCAAUUUCAUCUGUCAUGAUCACUCUAUUCUGGGCUUCUUUCUACCGCUCAUGACCAUCACUGGGGAGUUGAUUGAUCUGAAUCAAGCGCGAAAUCACCCCACCCUUGGUCUGCGGUUACAAGGCAAGGAGGCCUGGGAGGUCCAUGUCGCGGAGGUGCUACGGCAGCUUGAGACCUACAAGGCGAGCCUGACCACAUUCGCCGCUGCCACAACUGUUGACCCCGAAGCACCCCUGUCGACUGCCUUCAACCCAAAGCUAGAUGAGCCCGUUGACUCGAAGUUAUCUGAAGCGUAUUCGUGGCAUACGCAAACAGUGAUUGCCUAUUCGUCCUAUUUGGUCCACGUUCUCCAUAUUCUUCUCGUUGGUAAAUGGGACCCGGUGUCCUUGAUCGAGGACAAGGACUUUUGGACGUCCUCGCCAGCCUUUGCAUCCACCAUCUCGCACGCCUUGGAAGCUGCGGAUUCUGUGCAGCAAAUCCUGCGGUUCGACCCAGACAUCAGCUUCAUGCCCUACUUCUUUGGCAUCCAGCUCCUCCAGGGAAGCUUUCUUCUACUGCUAAUCGUGGAGCGAUUGCAAAAGGAGGCAGGGGAGGGCAUUCUCAACGCCUGUGAGACCAUGAUUCGUGCCACGGAAUCCUGCGUGGUCACCCUCAAUACGGAAUACCAACGAAGCUUUAGGCAGGUGAUGCGCAGCGCGGUCGCUCAAGCUCGCGGCAGGCCCGUUAACCCCAGCGAAAUCCGCCAUCGUCGUAAGGCGGUGCUAGCCCUCUACCGAUGGACCCGUAAAGGGACUGGAUUAGCUUUGUGA